UGACAAUUCAAAACUGGGCAACAACUCAAUUCGAUCAGCACCUCCAAGCUCCCAGCAAACCAAACGAAAAGCAAGGUUGUUGUAGAAAGGCAACAGCAAGAAGAGGGGACUGGUAGACUAGCUAGCUAGCUCGAAUACAUCACCAGACUAUAACAGCGCACACUCUACAAUAAGCAAUCCAUCAGAUCAUCAUGUGGAGACAAAGACAGCAGCAUGCCUGUGGAGGACUCUGGUUGUUCUUGUGUGUUUUGCUGUUCCCAUCAUCAGCAUUGGCCCAAAGCAGCAGCGACAUGUCCAUAAAUGCACCCUUUCAAGACUCGUUCAAUCGACUGACACACGCUGCCUGUGUGACUCUGUUUCAUCGAAAAGGGCGACUGGGAUGUGGCACGGAAGAUCGCAGUCUUCAUGUGGGGAAAUUGGUGUAUUACAAAGGCAACUCAAAUGGCAACAACAACUUUCCCAGCGUCAAUGAAGACUUUGUGGCCGUGGUGGAAGAAUACCAUUUGGACGCCAGCACCCUCAACACGUUGGUGCAAGGCAACAGUAAUGGAUAUCUCAAGGGACUGCUGUUCCUGAAUUCUACUGGUAUCGAUUACAAUCGCGACAAGAGUUACUAUUCACCGGCGGCUCAAUCUCCUCGUGGCUAUGGGACACCCUCGGCAUACGAGUGGUACGGAAACAAUGCCUACCCAUGGAACGCCAAAGGACAAGGCUUGAACAUUUACGACUUUUAUGGACUCCCCAUGGCCUAUGUCCCAGACUCGGAUGUCUCCAAUGAACUCCGCAAUGCGGCCAUGAAUCAGAUCAACAAGAACAACAACAAUAAUAAUAAUGAGGAACAGCAAGAGGGAUCUUCCUCCAUUGUGGCAGAAUUCAACUACUACAUGGGACCUGAUGGCAUUAACAGUCUCGAGUGCCUGGGAUGGAAAGAUCAGGCCGAUGGAAAGUGGAGUCCCAAAUGCCUGCCCUUGGGUGGAACCAGCGUCUGGGCCACGGCUGGAUCUCCAGAACCCAAUCAAGACAAUCAAAACAACAACAACAACGACGAUAUCAAUGACGAUGAUGCUAGGCGUGAACUCAACAACAACAAUAAUAACAACAACUAUUACUACGAUGCCAACAAUCGACCCGUUGUCCUCGUGGCUGCGGGAAUGGACGCCUCUUCCUUGUUUCAUGAUUUGGUUCCAGGAGCCAACUCGGCAGCUUCCAACAUUCUCGCUCUUCUGAUGGCAGCCAAAAUGGUUGGUGGAUUGGGAGACAAUGUACUCGACAAACUCACCUACCGCAUCGCCUUUGGAUUCUUCCAAGGAGAGACUUAUGGAUUUGCGGGAUCUCGGAGCUUUUUGAGAGAUGUCGCCUUUCCGGGAUUUCAAUGCUCUGCCAAUGACCGCAUUGUCCGUUCCGUGGCCAACAAUGACAAGUCCGAAAAGGCCUGUUUGUAUCCCCUUCGACACAGUUUGGAGUUCCAACGGUUGGGACCCAUUGCCGGUAUGCUGGCAGUCGAUCAAGUCGGACUCCCCGUGGCAGAUGGACUCUUGUACGUGCACAAUGAUGGUCAAGGCGAUGGAUCCUUUGGCUCGUUCAUGUCCAAUGUUCUCAAAUACUCGUACACGAGCAACUUUGCCGUAUCGUACACAUCGAUUGAAGACAAUGACAAUGGAUGGCCAUUCCCGCCGUCUCCUCUGCAGUCAUUGGUACAACUGUCCCAAGGAGCCGCGGGUGGAGCUGUCUUGACUGGAUAUGACUAUGCCUUCACCAAUCAAGUGCCAUUCCAUUCGCAUUUGGAGUCCAACCAAGAAAAGCAAAUGGAUCUCGAUGCUAUUGCCGCGGCGGCCACACUCUUGGCACGAGCGGCUCUGGCCGCUGCCUACGAUGGUGGUCAAUAUGAUUACGAGACGUCGUCCCAGUAUGCAUCGCAGUGGAUUGGAGAACUUUCCUCCAGUGACGAAACACUCAAUAUUCUGGCCAAUUGCCUCUUCAAGGACGGCAACUGCGACUACCUGAAGAAGUACAAUUCCAUGGAACGUGAAAACGACAAGGCGCGAACCGGAUUCUCCUACGGAUCCGGAUACCCACUAGGAACUCCACCCAAUUACUACGUGGGAGUGUACAAUAUCAACUACGGACAACCCUUUGUACAGGUCGGAGACAGUGUCUAUGGAGCCUACGAUGGCGACAAGUACGGCAACCGAGGCGCGGAUGCCUUUGGCAUCCAACCAACUCUGCUGGAGUCUGCCAUUCGCGGUAUGUUGAACGACUUUUUGGGUCGCGGAUCAAACCUCAACGGAGGCAGCGCGCAGGAGUGUUCCAAGCCUUCAGAUUGCGACAAUGUGCAGUACUGUCAAAAGAACGACGAUCAUGCCGUCUGCACAGGAGGUGGGAAGUGCGUGUGUGCUCGGUCACACUUCCACCUGGCUUUGGACGAAGCCUUGGAAGCCAAGCCAGGCAUGGGAACGGGAUAUUUUGUCCAAAGCGAAAACGACAACGAGAUUAGUGCAGUCUACACAGAGCCGUACUGGUCCAACGAUGUCGGAGUCCGAGUGUAUCGGGAUGUCGGCCAAAUCCCAGGUGUCGUCACCCUUGGAGUGGGUGCUGUAGUAUCCGGCCUGUGUGUGUUGGCGGCCUUUGUGCUGAAAGUGGGCCUCAAGAAAGAAAAGAUGUAUUGAAAACACUUGCGACAAUGUGGAAGCGCUUUUGAACCCAAUUACCGCCGGAAUGCUUGCUUGGGCAUUUUAUUGAUAAUACUAUACUAAGUUCUGUUUUUUGUUUC